AUGCAGAACACCGUUACUGACGUGAAGCUGUGGGCCAUCGACCGACAAUGUUUUCAGACCAUCAUGAUGAGGACGGGGCUCAUCAAACAGACGGAGUAUAUGGAGCUGCUCAAGAGCGUGCCGACUUUUCACGAUCUGCAAGAAGACAUUCUGAGCAAAAUGGUGGACAUCCUUGAAGAGACGACUUAUGAAGAAGGAGAGUACAUCAUCCGACAAGGAGCCAGAGGAGACACCUUCUUCAUCUUCACCAAAGGAAAGGCUGAUGUGACCCGGUUUGAGCGUGUGGGCGGAGAAGCAGUGUUCGUUCGCAGCCUUGUCAGAGGAGACUGGUUUGGAGAAAAAGUACUCCAAGGAGAGGACCUGCGGACGGCCAACGUGAUCGCGGCGGAGGCAGUGACGUGCCUGGUCAUUGACCUGGAGUCCUUCAACAAACUGAUCGGAGGGUUCGAUGAUAAUUCCAGUAAGGGCCACGAGGACGCAGACGCGAAAGCCAAGUACGAGGAGGAGAAUGCCUUUUUCUGCAACCUGAACCUGGCGGACUUCAACAUCAUCGACACGCUGGGGGUGGGGGGCUUCGGGCGUGUGGAGCUGGUGCAACUGAAGAGCGACGAGAACAAGACUUACGCCAUGAAGAUCCUGAAGAAGAGGCACAUCGUGGACACGCGGCAGCAGGAGCACAUCCGCUCGGAGAAGCUCAUCAUGCAGGAGGCGCACUCCGACUUCAUUGUUAGACUGUACCGAACAUUCAAAGACAGCAAGUACCUCUACAUGUUAAUGGAGGCGUGUCUAGGAGGAGAACUCUGGACCAUCCUAAGAGACAGGGGCUCUUUUGAAGAAUCCACCACUCGGUUUUACACAGCGUGUGUCGUGGAAGCCUUCGCCUACUUGCAUUCCAAAGGGAUCAUCUACAGAGACCUCAAACCAGAGAACCUUAUCCUGGACCAUAAAGGCUACGCCAAACUGGUGGACUUUGGAUUCGCCAAGAAAAUCGGCUUCGGGAAGAAAACGUGGACUUUCUGUGGCACGCCUGAGUACGUAGCACCUGAGAUCAUCCUGAACAAGGGCCAUGACAUUUCAGCCGACUACUGGUCUUUAGGGAUCCUCAUGUACGAACUCCUCACUGGCAGCCCUCCGUUCACCGGCACAGAUCCUAUGAAAACCUACAACAUCAUCCUUAAAGGCAUUGACAUGAUCGUCUUUCCAAAGAAAAUUACCAAAAACGCUCUCAAUUUAAUCAAAAAGCUAUGCAAGGAUAAUCCUUGUGAAAGACUAGGAAACUUGAAGAAUGGUGUCAAAGACAUCCAAAAGCACAAAUGGUUUGAGGGCUUUAACUGGGAGGGUCUAAAAAAGGGGACAUUGACACCUCCAAUCAUACCUACUGUGACAUCAGCAGUCGAUACCAGUAACUUCGACAGUUUCCCAGAGGACAACGAAGACCCGCCUCCGGACGACAACUCCGGGUGGGACGUGGAUUUCUGA